GACGAGCGACGAGCGAAACUCGGAUUACUCGGAACUCGAAACCCUCGAAACUCACACAGUAUUGGUCAGUAUUGGUGUGUGAAGUUGUUGGAAGUGGUUGGGAGCUCAACGUUCGAACAUGGCAGCGGUGAUCUCGGGACUUCUCUCGCGUGACGGUUGCCCGUGAUUUCGGACGCCGAUGAAACGACAAUAUGAACGGUAGGCUGGCCCGGCGAAGUAACUCGGGCCUGCUGAUACACCGUAAGGGAACAAGGACGCUGAAGUCGUCGCGAACGAGUUUUCUGCAGAUCAUGCUUAUUUAAUGAAAAGUGAGGAUAAUGGAUGGUACACGAGCGGCAGAAGUAUUGCCAUUGCUGCAAGAGCGUUUGGCAAUACUACCAGGUGGACGGGAUCGUAGAGGAGGACCUGUGCUUCUGUUCCCAAGCACACCAAGACGCGAGCGUGCAAAACCUGAGGAUUACAGACGUCUUUUACAGUAUUUGUUUGCCAUCCCGAGUGAUGAAGUCAGGGGCCUGCGAUUUACUGUGAUUGUGGAUAUGCGUGGUACAACAUGGGACUCAGUCAAACCAAUUUUAAAGGUGUUACACGAGCAUUUUCAUCGUACAGUUCAUGUAGCUUUUCUUAUUAAACCAGAGAACUUUUGGCAGAAACAGAGAACUUCGUUGGGUAAACAGAAGAAGUAUAAUUUUGAGAUCAAUACAAUCAGUUUAGAGGCUCUUGUGAAAGUUAUAGAUCCUUCUCAGCUCACUGCAGAUUUAGAUGGAUCCUUACAAUAUGAUCAUGCUCAGUGGAUCGAUACCAGAUUAGUUGUAGAAGAUUUUACAUGGCAAGCAGCAGAUCUUCUUGAUCGAUUAGACGACUUGCAGGAAGAUCUCAGUCGAAAUGACUUUGCUGAUGAUGUUACGGGAGCUAAGCAUGGAAUUGAUCUGCAUAAUGAGAUGAAAAAGAAAAUUUUAAAAGUCCCAGUGGAAGACAUUGAAGUGGUCGGACAACGCUUGCUUCAGCGAUUUAACAACAGUGCAACAGCAACUGGUGGGGAAGGUGGAAGUAUUGACAAUGGCGCAGCAAGUUGCACAGAUUCUGAUGGACGAGCAUUGGCUACCCUAGUUAUUCAGCAUUUAGAUUCUGUGCACGCCGCACAGCAGCAUCUGUUACAACUGUGGCACAUCAAGAAGAUGAAAUUGGAUCAGUGUUUUCAGCUGCGAUUAUUCGAACAGGAUUGCGAGAAGAUGUUUGAUUGGAUUUGCCACAACCGAGAGGUGUUUCUCGCUAGUUAUGUAGAGAUCGGGCGUUCGUAUCAAUUGGCCAAGAAGUUGCAAGAGGAACAUAAACACUUCUCAAUGAGCUCGAUGAACGUUUAUGUGAAUAUAAACAAAAUCCUCACGAUGGCUGGUAAAUUGCUGGAGACGCAGCAUUAUGCAGCUGGACACGUACGAGCGGUAGCGGGACGUCUGGAUCGUGCUUGGAAGGAAUUUGCCGCGGGUCUCGAUGAACGUGCUGCAGUACUCAAUUUAAGUGUAGUGUUUCACCAUAAAGCAGAACAGUAUGUUGAUAACGUAACUGGCUGGAGUCAAGCGUGCGAGAUUAGUAAUCUGCCCAGUGAAAUUCCAGUGCUUGAAUCUCACAGUCGCCAACACCAAACUCUUUACGAAGCAAUGUGUCAGGCGUAUACAGAGGUGCAUAGUACCAGUAAGAAGCUUCUUUACCAACUGGACCAUCUUGUGCAAGUCUGUAAUCAACCACAAGGAAUUGACCAUGUCGCCAGAAAACAUAGUCAAGAUGGACAUAAUAUAGACAGUCAUACCGGGACGAGUGGUAAUCCAGCAGCUGAUUAUAGCGAAGGCGCAUCUCACGUAUUAGCUGUUAUUCAUCAGAUUCUUGGUCAUCAUAGAGCGUUAGAAGCUCGCUGGCACGCUCGCAAAGUCAAAUUGCAUCAACGGCUUGCACUAAGAUUAUUUCAAGAAGAUGUAAAACAAGUUCUUGAUUGGCUGACAAAUCAUGGUGAAGUCUUUAUUAGGAAAAACACAGGCGUAGGUCGUAAUUUGCAGAAAGCACGCGUUUAUCAAAAAAGCCACGAACAUUUUGAAAAUGUUGCUCAGAAUACUUAUACAAAUGCGACAAAACUUUUGACUGCAGCCGAGGAACUUGCUCACACAGGGGAAUGCGCGCCUGAUGAAAUAUAUGCAGUGGCGCAAGAGUUGGAGGCUCACGUUAGUAGUUUUGCAGCGAGGGUCGAGCAACGGCGUCGUAGAUUAGAUCUGGCAGUAGUGUUUUAUACUCACGAAAAAGAGCUCACCGGUUGGGUAGAUGAGUUACGUCAGGAGUUGCAACAGGAUGAGGUUGCGGAAAACUUGGAGACAGCAGAAAGAUUGUUGGAACAAUGCGCGCAGCAUAGAUCAUCUUGCCUCGAGGCGUGCGCUUCGACAAUAGCUCAGGGUGAAGCUCUACUGCAAGAACUUCGCGAGGCAACCGAUGCGCCCGACACUACCGGCUCGAUAUCAGCAGUAGAAUCAGCCUUGGACAGGUUGGCAAGCUUGAGACAAGAAUUGGAAGACUUGUGGGCUACUAAAAAACUGAGACUGGAACUGUGCCUACGAUUACGCGUCUUCGAGCGCGACGCGCUGGAGGCUAGCGGUCAACUGGAGAUGUGGGCACAAGAGCUGCAGGGCCCACCGCGAGAGGGUUCUCCCGAGCAGUUGCUGCGCGUGCACAACGAUGGAGUCGCUCAUAUGCAAAAUACCGCUUUCCAAAUUCUACAUCGUGGCCAAGAAUUAGCGCAAGUCUUGGAAGAGGCAGGAGUGUGUAUCAUGGCGGACGGUCAGCAUAGUGCUUCGGCGCGUGUGCAGGUACUUCUCGAGUUCUUGAACGAGAGAGAGUUGGAUGCGGAGGAUCUUGCGGAGAUGCGGAGGGUACGACUAGAGCAAGCUUCUCAGUUACUGCAACUGCAAACGGACGCUUCUCACGUGAUUAAGUGGAUACGAAAUGGCGAGUCCAUAUUACUGGCUUCGCUGAGGAUACCGGACGAUUUUGAAGAUGCCGAUCAAUUAGGAAAGGAACACUAUCAUUUCCAACUCGCGAUAACGAAUACUCAUGCGUCCGCAGUGCAAGUGAAGCAUAAAGCGGACGCUUUGAUAAACGGGAAUCAUUACGAUCCUAAGAGCAUCAAGGAAGUCGCGGAAGAUGUUACUAAACGGUGGCAGCAGCUAGUGACCUGUGCGGAAGAACGUCAUAAAUUAAUUACUGCCAGUCUUAACUUCUAUAAAACGGUAGACUCGGUACGUUCGGUUCUCGAUAGUUUAGAGCUACAAUAUAAUGUGGAUGACGAUUGGUGUGCCGACGGAGAAAAAGCUGCCGGAAUACCAGCGAGCAUUACCAGACAUCAAGAGCAAAAGGAAGCCUUUCUCAAGGCCUGUACGCUAGUACGACGAACCGGAGAAACGUUUUUAAAGUAUAUCAAUCGCAGUCUACAAUUUUAUAGCUAUCACGCUAAUAGCGCCGGUUCUGCGAACAAAGUAAAAAAUAUUUUGGAAGAAUUGGUCAGUAAGGAGAACAAAGUGCUCGAAUAUUGGACGCAGCGGAAGAAGCGCUUAGAUCAAUGUCAUCAGUAUGUCUUGUUCGAACGUAGUGCGAAGCAGGCUCUCGAAUGGAUUAAAGAAACCGGGGAGUUGUAUCUAGCGACACACACAAACGUCGGUAAGAAUCGCAUCGAAAACGAACAACUGUUACAAGAGCAUAUCGAAUUCAAGGGUGCAGCGAAGGAAACGAGAGAAAGAGUGAAAUUGUUGAUUCAACUCGCUGACAAUUUAGUUGAGAGGGGUCAUGCUCAUGCUGCGGCAAUCAAGCAGGCCGUUGCCGAGGUUGAUCAGCGAUAUAAAGAUUUUAGCACGCGAAUGGAUUGCUACAAAACGCAAAUCGAAGGCGAUUUAGGUAUACAGCCUGACGAGGUGCACCGAGAGCUCUCUAUCGACCGAAAUUCGGAUCCGUUGCUGGAAGAGAAGAUCAAGGGCAAAGAUCUGAAAGAAUUGAAUGAGGAGAAAAGAAGAUCUGCACGAAGAAAAGAGUUUAUUAUGGCUGAACUUUUGCAAACCGAACGUACAUACGUAAAGGAUUUGGAGACUUGCAUUCGUUGCUUCCUCGACGAGACGCGAAAUGGCAAGGGAAAUGUUCCAACGGGUUUACAAAAUCGAGAAUUAAUCAUUUUUAGUAAUAUAGAAGAGAUACAUCAGUUUCACAGCAAUGUAUUUCUACGCGAACUAGAAAAGUACGAAACCAUGCCAGAGGAUGUGGGACAUUGUUUUGUAGUAUGGGCACCUAAAUUUGAUAUGUAUGUAACUUACUGUAAGAACAAACCCGAGAGCAAUCAACUAUUAAUAACGCACAGUGGAACAUGGUUUGAGGGCUUACAAAGAAAACAUAAAGUAGAACAUCCUAUCGCUGCAUAUCUAAUUAAACCUGUACAGAGAAUUACCAAGUAUCAGCUGCUACUUAAGGACUUACAGGCUUGUUGCCAAGAGGGACAGGGCGAAAUAAAAGAGGGAUUAGAAGUAAUGUUAAAUGUGCCUAAAAAAGCUAACGAUGCCUUACACUUAAGUCUACUGGAAGGUUGCGACGUUAGUAUAGAUGCGCUCGGUGACGUUGUAUUGCAAGAUUCGUUCACAGUAUGGGACCCAAAACAGUUGAUCAGGAAGGGAAGAGAUCGUCACAUAUUUCUUUUCGAAUUGUAUCUUCUCUUUACAAAGGAAGUGAAAGAUUCUGCAGGAAAGGUGAAGUACGUUUAUAAAAAUCGUCUAUUAACCUCUGAAUUGGGCGUGACCGAGCAUAUUGAAGGCGACGAAUGUAAAUUCGCAGUAUGGACAGGACGGGCACCGACUAGCGACACGCGCGUAGUGUUGCGCGCGAAUUCAAUGGACGCGAAGCAGUUAUGGGUGAUGCGGUUACGCGAAGUGAUACAAGAAACCUUUUUGGGCAAGAAUAUGCCCAAGAGUCCGGCUAAAAAGAGCUCCAGUCAACGCUCCAGUAGAGAUCUGGAGGAAUGCGCAUCCUUGGACGAAAGUGUGGAAAAUCUCGACAGAAAUUCCUUAGCUUCCUUCGGUUCGACUAAUACUACAGAUUCUGAUAAGACCGGAGUUGUCGAGAUGACGUGGGUGGUCGCCGAUCAUAUGGCUGCACCGGGCUCGAGGGAGCUCAGCGUAACGAAAGGGCAGCAGGUUGAGGUGUUGGAGAACGGUAGCUCAAACUCGGGCUCUACCGGCGGCAUGCCCUAUGCCGGCGAAUGGACCCUGGUACGUCUGCCACUCACCCCUGGGCAGGUCGAGCCGGCCGCGGAGGGUCUGGUACCUACCAGCGCCCUAAAACAGCCGCCGACCGCCUCCUGCAAGACUUCGCCGUCCAGAAAAGCGUCCACGCAACAGCAACAGCAACAGUCGCACCAUUAUCAACAGCAGCAGCAGUCGCAUCAUCAUCCGUACCAUCAACAGCAACAGCAGAUCAAUCAAGCGAUCGUCCAAGCGCAACAGCAAACUGCCGUCACAUCGUCGAGUACCACCAGCACGGUGUCGCCAACUUGCUGCGCGGCCGAUGUUCCACCGACUACGCAGCAGGCGUCCUCGUUGUCUGCGCUAUCGUCGUCCGCGGUAUUGUCGCCGAUGCUAUCAGAGGAGGCGGAAAAUGCCGGAAGCGACGGCAGUGGGUCAACAAGUACAAAUUCACCUGGCAACAAGAGACGGGGUUUUAGCGGACGGAAGUGGCUCCCACCUUCUUUACGCAAACUUAGCCAAGGUAAAGUCGAGAAAACCAAUACGGCCGCACCGACGUCAUCGCCUCCUUUGAUUGGGCCGUCUUUGAAGAAAAGUGGCUCGGACAAACGCUUUAAAUUACCGAGCGGCGUCGAACAUAAUCGGCCCAGCGGUAAGACGUUCGAAGCGGAGGCUCAAUCGCGGGAGGGCGAAGAAGUUGGCAAGGAAGAGAGUGAGGAGCAGCAGGAGGUAGACGUGGACGCGGACGUUACGGAGAGCGACGAUACGGCGGUGACGAAUUUGCAGGAGCAGAACGGUGGCGAGGAUGCUGACGAUGACUUGGAACUUCCGCCUCCGAUGAAGCCUAUAACCGAACCGAUACUCGUUGCAACUGCAAAUGGUCCAUCGGGUUCCACGAUAUCGAAUGAAUUGCCCGGAAAACGAUCUGCAAGUCGGUCGGAACGUACGACUAAGAUUCUUGAUGGCGGCGCCACGACCACAGCCGAUCUCUCGGAAAUCGAGCAAAUUGUCAAGGAAAGAAUGGAGCAACAUACAGAAAAUCAGGAGAGGCACAGUCUCAUGCGAACUCCUAACGGGAAAUCGUUGAGUAACGAUGAGGAAUAUUGUAACGCGGCUAUUAAUGCGGUCACUUCCGACGAAUCAGAUCCGGAAAGUACCGCGAUCUCAAAACGGCAGUUUGUUAUUUGUGAGCUGGUGGAUACCGAAAGAGAUUACGUCAAUGACUUAAAGCAGAUAGUCGAAGGUUACAUGGCACUAAUGCGAAAUCCCGACUGCGAGAUUCCCAUGCCGGAAGAUUUGCGCGCUGGGAAAGACAAGAUGGUUUUUGGUAACGUGGAGGCUAUCUACGAGUGGCACAGAGACUUUUUCCUCAAAGCUUUGGAACGUUGUUUGGAACGUCCUGAAGAGCUCGGACCUCUCUUUAAACGUUACGAGCGAAAGUUGCAUAUGUACGUGGUUUAUUGUCAGAAUAAGCCCGUUUCGGAAUACAUUGUAUCCGAAUAUAUAGAUACUUACUUCGAGGAACUUAGGCAAAAACUUGGGCAUCGUUUGCAACUCUGUGACUUGCUGAUCAAGCCUGUACAAAGAAUUACAAAAUAUCAACUUCUUCUACGGGAGGCAUUGCGCCUCACUGAGCGAACUCAAAGGUUAUCGGAAAUCGAAGGCCUCAGAGCGGCGGCUCAUGUCAUGCGAGUUAUUCCUAAAGCUGCAAACGAUAUGAUGGACGUUGGGAGAUUACAAGGUUUUGACGGUAAAAUAACGGCGCAAGGAAAACUCUUGUUACACGGCCCGCUCUUGGUAUCGGAAAUAUCAAAUGUAUCGACGAGAGGAAAAGAAUGGCAAGUCUUUCUUUUCGAGCAAAAUAUCAUCUUCAGUGAAACUGUCGGCAAGAAAACGCAAUUCACUAAUCCUGUCUACAUAUAUAAAGCACAUAUUCAGGUAAAUAAAAUGAGUCUUGAAGAUUCAAAUGACGAUCCAGAGAAGUUUAUCAUCCGCUCGACGGAUCCUCGAAACCCUGGACUAGGAUUCUCCUGUAGCGUAGCUGAAGAAAGUAGUGGACCGCGCAGGCAGGAGUGGGUAGACACCAUCACUGCCAUCCUGCAAACUCAGCGCGACUUCUUGAAGGCGAUACAAUCACCGAUUGCCUACCAGAAGGAACUUACCAAAGACCCACUCCGUGCCAUCGUUACAACCACCACCACUACCACCGCAUCAGAACCUGUGCGACGAGCAACCGUAUCGGUGGUUCCCCCGACAUUGAUAGUCUCCGGAUCGACGAAUCGAGAUAAGGGUAACAGAACGAAUCAGCAGCCCUUGCAACGCUCGCUGACCGGGGGAUUGGAAUGCGUGCAGCCACGUACACCUAGCCCGACAAAGAGUAGACUAAACUUCCUGGAGGGAUUUAAGAAUACUCUACGUACACGUUCACCGAUUCGCAACAAUUCCAUCCCGGUCGUUCCAGGUGCACGUGUAAAAUUGGCUGCAGAUUGGGGAAAAUUACACGCUGGAGACGAGCUUGUCGUCUCCUAUCUUGAUGGCCCGGGUUUAGUAGUGUCCCCUGUGAAUACUAAGGACGAACUGUGGAUUCCGGCGAGUCUUAUUCCAAACUCGGCGAUCAGCCGAGCCUGGUCGUUUCGACCGCGAAAGCUCGAUCUCGCGAAAUGCCACGUUGGUCCUCAUGAUUCAACGACUGCGAUGACAUCGGAGGACAAAACGCCAGUUAUUCUGAGCAGUCCCACGUCGAUUCGCGCAACCGUUGGUGAAGUCGUUAGGCUCUCUGUUGAGACACAUAAUGCGGAUAGUGCAACUGUCACUUGGAGGAAGGAGGGCGAGGAUCAGUGUAUUAGAGAGAACAAUCGGUAUCAGUUCCAGCGAAGCGCGAGCUUUAUAUACUUGCAAAUUAUUGGUUGCCGAGCUUCGGACUCUGGGAUGUAUCACUGUCACUUAACAAGUGGAACGGGCUCCUGCUCCGCGGAAAUUUCUCUCUUUGUCGUAGGUGGAAAAAGCAGCACCUCUGCGCGCGUUUUAGGGUGCUCCAAGGUAGAGAUUGAUUGGGACAGGCAGGAGAUCGGUGGCGCGUCGUGUAACAUAGAAUGUAAAACUUUGCCGUCGCAGCAAUGGGUGCUGAUGUCGAAGCAGGCUAACGAGCCGCCCGUUCGGCUGGAUGUGUCGAUGGACGCCUCGUACAGUUUUAGAGUGGUGGGUGACGACGGAAGGACGACCUUACCGUCAAUCCUGGUGACUCUACCGCGAUCGGACACGGGCGAUGGCGCGGAAUGGGAGGCCAAGCAGUUCGUCGGCAGAUACUUAGAAUUGGAUGAGCUGGGUAACGGUAGAUUCAGUACGGUUCGUCGCGCCAGAGAUAAGGGCACCGGUCACGAGGUAGCUCUCAAGCAAAUACCGCGACACAAACAAUCGAGAUUGCUGACGCGCGCAGAAUACGAUGUGCUCGCCUCCACUCAUCAUGCCAACAUCGCCCGGGCGUUUGCCUUGUUCGAGAACGCGCCUCGACCCGGGGUGGACACUAUCGUCCUGGAAUUGGUCAGAGGUCCAACGUUGUGCGCAUAUUUGAGCGAGAAGACGGAAUACACCGAGGCGACGGCGACGCGAUACACUUGUCAGCUGUUAUCUGCGUUACGCUGGUUACACUGUCGCAACCGGGUACAUCUCGAUGUGAAACCGGAGAAUGUCCUCGUUGAUCAUGAGACAGACCAAGUGAAAAUAAUAGAUUUGGGGGAAGCGGUCAGGGCUCCUAUCGACGAGAUCGUGCCACCCCCCGCUGAUCUGGAAUUUGCGGCGCCAGAGUCAGUGCUAGGUAGACCAACCGGUCCUUGCACGGACAUGUGGGCUGUUGGAGUUUUUAUUUAUGUUUUAUUAAGUGGAUUAUCGCCAUUUUUGGACGACUCCGUGGAAGAAACUACCGCCAACAUUCUCAAGUGUGACUUCUGUUUUCCCGACGAAUAUUUCGAAAUGAUAUCCAGUGAUGCGAAGGAACUCCUUGGGAGGUUAUUGUGCUUGCGUGGUGAAGAUCGAGUGACCGCAGAGAUCUGUCUUGGUUCGCCAUGGUUAAAGAUAUCAACUGGCGCUACCAUACCGUCCACUAGAAUGGCCGCAUUUAUAGAACGUCGUGCACACUGUCUUAAACUGCGUCAAGAUCAUAAGGACAGUUUCCAUUCUUACGAUUAACAUUAUGCAGUAAGCAUGUUACUUAAUACAUGACCAAUUUAUAUAUGUAAAUAGCAAAAUAUACAUAAAUGUUUAACUGUUAA